AGUCGGAAGUCGGAAGUCGGAGCCGGGGCCGGCCGCCGGGGCCUGUGGGGCUGCUUGCUGGGAGGGUCCCUGAAUGCAGGGCUCUCUGGGGCGAGCCUCGAUGCCGAGCCCGCGACUUCUGGUGCUCUUCGGCAGCCAGACAGGCACAGCCCAGGAUGUAUCGGAGAGGCUGGGCCGCGAGGCUCGGCGCCGGCGGCUCGGCUGCCGGGUGCAGGCCCUGGACUCCUACCCGGUGGUGAAUCUGAUUAAUGAGCCCCUGGUGAUAUUUGUUUGUGCAACUACAGGCCAAGGAGACCCCCCUGACAACAUGAAGAACUUCUGGAGGUUCAUCUUCCGGAGGAGCCUGCCGGCGGCCUCCCUCUGCCACAUGGACUUCGCCGUCCUGGGCCUCGGGGACUCCUCUUAUGCCAGGUUUAACUUUGUGGCCAAGAAACUGUACCGACGGCUGCUGCAGCUCGGAGGCAGCGCCCUCUUGCCGGUCUGCCUAGGCGAUGACCAGCAUGAGCUGGGGCCGGACGCCACCAUCGACCCCUGGCUGCACAACCUGUGGGAGAAGGUGCUGGGGCCCCAGCCUGUGCCCCUCGACCCACCUGGGGUCCCCUGGCCCUCCAAGUUCACCCUGCAGUUCCUUCAGGAGGCCCCCAGGACCUGCUCUGAGGAGCUGCGUGUGGCCAGGACAGACCCUCAGGGACCCCCUUCAGAGCUACAGCCCGUCCUGGCACCCAUGGUCACCAACCGGAGGGUCACAGGGCCCUCGCACUUCCAGGAUGUUCGGCUGAUCGAGUUCGACGUCGCAGGCUCUGGGCUCAGCUUUGCGGCCGGUGACGUGGUGCUGAUCCAACCUGAGAACGCGGCCAGCCACAUCCGGCAGUUCUGCCAGGUGCUGGGCCUGGAACCUGACCAGCACUUCACACUGCAGCCCCAGGAGCCAGAUGUCCCCUGCCCCAAGCAGCUGCCCCAGCCCUGCUCCGUGCGGUGCCUCGUGUCCCAGUACCUGGACAUUACCAGCGUGCCCCGCCGCUCCUUCUUUGAGCUCCUGGCCUGUCUGUCCCCCCACGAGCGGGAGCGGGAGAAGCUGCUAGAGUUCAGCUCUGCCCAAGGCCACGAGGAGCUGCACAGCUACUGCACCCGGCCCCGCAGGACCAUCCUCGAGGUGCUGUGCGACUUCCCACACACGGCUGGCGCCAUCCCCCCAGACUACCUGUUGGACCUCAUCCCCCCAAUCCGGCCACGGGCCUUCUCUGUUGCCUCCUCUCAGUUGGCUCACCCCUCGAGGCUGCAGAUCCUCGUGGCCGUGGUGCAGUACCAGACACGCCUCAAGGAGCCCCGCCGGGGCCUCUGCUCCUCCUGGCUGGCAUCCCUGGACCCUGGGCAAGGACCUGUCCGGGUGCCCCUGUGGGUGCAGCCUGGAGGCCUGACGUUUCCGCAGAUGCCAGACAUACCUGUGAUCAUGGUAGGGCCAGGCACUGGUGUGGCCCCCUUCCGAGCUGCCAUCCAGGAGCGUGUGGCCCGGGGUCAGACUGAAAACAUCUUGUUUUUUGGCUGCCGCCGGCGGGACCAAGACUUCUACUGGGAGGCUGAGUGGAAGGAGCUGGAGAAGCAGGGCUGCCUGACUCUUGUCACAGCCUUCUCCCGGGAGCAGGAGCAGAAGGUGUACGUGCAGCACCGGCUCCGGGAGUUGGGGCCGCUGGUGUGGGAGCUACUGGACCGCCAGGGGGCCCACUUCUACCUGGCUGGCAACGCCAAGUACAUGCCGGCUGAUGUGUCAGACGCCCUGAUGUCCAUCAUCCAGGAGGAGGGCGGACUCUCUGGCCCUGACGCGGCUGCCUACCUGGCCCGGCUCCAGCGGACACUGCGUUUCCAGAUGGAGACGUGGGCCUGAGGGGUCGUCCUGCUGGCCGUGGCUACUCCCGCCAGUGGUCUCAGGGGGGCCCCGUCUGAUCCCAGCCGGAGGACUGUCAGCUCUUCUGCACAGCUGACUCAGCUCCCACCCUCACCCUGACCCUGCUACCUGUCCACCACCCAGCCUACCCCUACACCAUGGCUCCAAGUCUGCCCCUCCCCUCCUUCCAGGGUUCCUGGGUCCUGGUCAGGUUGGCUCCCUGGGCUGCACCACCCCACCCAGAGCUUAGGACCUGAGCGGCCGGAGGAGGCCCCCGGCAGCACACCCUUCGUCGCCCUGUUCCAGGACAGACCCCACAAUAAACGAUGGCCUCUGGGUGGCUGCUUCCCACCUGCUCCUCCUGGUGUUGUCAGGGUCCUUAGGUGGGAGGUGGGCCCACAGCUCACUGCAUGGGAAUAGCCCACCCAGGGUGGGCACAAGUAUACUGCCGCUCAGCCAGGCACUUUGGUGCUUGAUUCUGAUGCGCUGGGGUCCAGCUGUUUGCCCACCUUAUACAGGCUCCGCUCUGGCCCCUGCAGCCAAGCAGUGGGAGGCCUGAGGCACCAGGCCAGGGUGCUCCAAUCCACUGGCCCCAAAACAGAGGCCCUGGGCCCUGGGCGGGGAGGGGCGUGGCCCAAGAUGGGGUGCCAGUGGGAGUGGAGUCCCCGCCCCUGGGAGGGGAAUUUUUGUUGGAGAAGUUGGGCGGGCCUACGCACCCUGCCUCCACCUAGAAUCGGCUGGCUGGCUGGCAGUCAGUCACUCCCUGACACGCAGAUCCCCAAACCUGGGGCGGGGCUGGGGCAGAUCCUGUUGGGGACAGAACACAGGGCCUAGGAGCUGGCCCGGCAGCUGGGGACCAAGUGAAGUUCACGUUGAGUGAGGCUCGAAGCCAGGAGGAGGCGGCCAUUGCUGUAAGGUGCUGGCAGACGACGGGUUGGACAGCAGGGCCCCUGCGAACCUCCAGGGUGCCAGGAUUCUGGACAGUGAACCCCUGCUGGGGGCAGCAGUCAUAGACUGCCCCUGGGCCCCCACAGAGGACGGGGACGAAGACGAGGAGGAGCAGGCUGGGGAGCAGGGGGAGGAGGAGGAGUGUCCCGUCUGCACAGAGCCCUACCGGUCCGGUGAGCACCAGCUGGCCCUGCUGAACUGCGGUCACAGCCUGUGUGCAGGCUGCCUGCACCGGCUGCUGGGCGCGGCCCCCAGUGCCGACCUGGGCCGGGUGCGCUGCCCGCUGUGUCGUCAGAAAACACCCAUGCUUGAGUGGGAGAUCUGCCGGCUGCAGGAGGAGCUGCUGCAGGCCGACGGGCCCCAGCGCCCCGCGCCCGCUGCUCCCCUCGGGCCCCUCCACGAGAGCCCCGGGCCCUGGGCCCGCCUAGAGCACCGCUACCAGCUGCACUUCCUGACGAGGCCCCUAGGCGGCCGAGGCUGCCUGCCCUUCCUGCCCUGCCCGCCCUGCCUGGGUGCCUGGCUCUGGGCCCUGCGGGAACGAGGGCCCUGCGCCCGCCGCAUGGCGCUGCUGGGCCUGCUGGCCCUCGAGCUGCUGGGGCUACUGCUCAUCUUCAUGCCGCUCAUACUGCUGGGGCUGCUCUUCGUGCUGCUGGACGGCUCCAGCCGCUGAGAAGAGCCCGCCGGGUCUGCCACCAGCACGGCCUGGGCUUGAGGUAGCCAUGGCCACCAACGGAUGGGAGGCCCAGACUGGCCCAGGCCCUGGAGCCGUGGGGCCUGAUGGCCAGGCUGAAGAACCCAAGGUCGAUCAGGGCACUAACUUUCAACCCAGACCCAAGCCUCGGACCCAGGGCCACCCAGAAGCCUCUGACCCAGCCGGAGACUCCACACUGCCCUGCUGCCCAGACGCUAGCCAGUGGUGCCUAAGGACAGCACCAGAGGAGGCCUGUGACCAGGGCCCGAAGUGCCCCUCGAGGGACAGGCCCCAUGCUGACACUGGGCUGUCCCCGCUCUCCAGCCUGGCCUGUCUGCAAGAGGGGCACAGACACCGCGGACACAAAAAUGAACAGAGGCCUGGGUCAAGUGCUCGGAGUGGGUGGGGCCCUCAGCAGGCACCUGCCCACGUUCCAGCUGAGAGUCAAGUGUGUGUUCCCUGAAGGUCAGGGUAGCCGAGGGGAGGGCCCCUGCUGCACAGGCCCGGCCCACAAAGGGCCUCCUCUGCCUGCCGGGCUGGGGUCCAAGUGGCGGCCCUGAGCAGCCCCAGGGGUGGAGGGGAGUGGCAGCACAUGCCCCUCAGCCACAAGGGACCAGGGCGGGCCCUGGGGCCGAAGGCACCCUCACUCCCCUGCAGCCCCCCAUGGCUGAGCCUGGGGCCUUUAUUUGAGGGACAGACGCAGUCACAGCACCCCCCUCGUGGGCUCAUUGGUGGCACGCCGAGCCCUGUGCCCGGCACAAGAAAUGCUGUCAAUAAACAGCUGCUCCUGA